AUGAGCACUUCCGCCACGGCACCCGUUGGCAAGUGGGUGAUUGUGCGCUCCGAUCGCCUUGUCGUGUCGGUGGACAAGACCAACCACACUUACUUUCUUGGACGCGGGCGACAACUGCCAGCUGCGCAGCUGCUGUCGCACAAGUACGCAUCGCGGGAGCACCUCGCCAUGGUAUGGCACCCGCCUCACCUCUGCAUGGUCCAGGUGGGAAAGAAUCCUUCUUUCCUCGGUGCGAGCUGCACACCUGUGCCCCGGCUGCGUGGUGACGCCACCACCGAGUCAGAAGAACACAGUCCGCCCCUGUGGCAGCGUGCGCAGGUGCGAUUUAGUGCGACGGCUGCUGUGAAGGAGGCCACAGCGCACCAGAGCGCUGGCGACGUCAUUACGGUCGAUGUACCUCUCUCUGACCCACUGACGGUCAUGCACGCGCCUGAUCGCCAUUGGAUCGGCGCGGCGACGGUGCACUUCCCUGAUGAACUUGGCCUACCAACACUGACGGUGCGCUUUGAGGAGACCGAGGCCACACGCGAAGAUGCCACAGCGGCGGUGACGACGAAGACGACUGCGGAGAUGCUCACUGUCCCGUUGGCCAGGGCAGUCGGCGGGGGCGACGACGACGACGAUGACGGCCCGAGUGACGGGGAAAAGAGAGCUGACCUGUCCUCACAGGGACGGACUUGGGCUGGCGAAGGUGCAGCGGCGGACGACGGGAGUGGGAAGCCGGAGUGGCGUGGCUUACUAGAUGUGGCGCUCCAGCAGCAGCAGCAGCAGCGGGAAGGAACUUCGGUCUCAUCACCGGCAGCGCAGGCCUACGAAGCUCGACCAGCCUCACAGCAUGUUCCUGCAGCUUUCGCGCCAUCCACGCAGGUCUCGGUUGGCAGCGUAGCGGAUAAAACACCCCCACCUUCUGCUGCCGCUGCGGACCCUGCACCGCACAGGGUGGGGUUGUGGGAGUGGAAGAACCACGGGAAGGGUAAGGAUAACGGAGCCACGUCAUGGAGCAAGUACAACCUCGCCGUGGCACAGCUCCUGGAGGAGGCAUAUCGAGACGCCUCGAUUGCCAAGAUCAAGAUCCCUGACUCGGCCAUGUUUGGCAAGGCGGAGGCGAGAGGCUACACCUACGGCGUGUGUUUCGCGGAGAAAGCGCUCGAUGGGGCGAUGAUCCAGUAUUCCCUGGAGUUGCCCGGGAACUUUUGCUUAAUCCGUCGUACCGGCGGGCCUCCGGUGGACAGGCGGCGCGCAAAGAAGGCGCACGUCAUUCCAACGCCGCCAUCGUCAGAGGAUGAAGAAAGCGAUGGUGAGGCGGACUCCAGCGAUGACUCUUACUCGGAGGAGAGCGUGUCCUCUUCUUCCUCGUCCAGCAGCAUCAGCACUGACGUCACGCCCCAAUGGAAGAAGCGGCGUCGCCGCUAG